GCAGACCAGCUCCUUGGCAACCAUCACAUGCUCUCGCCAGGAGCUUUACCCUCUGGCCCAAGCCAGCAACUAGCCCUUCAGGAACUAACAACUAACCCCAAGGCUCUGGAUGGAGGGAGGGAUCAGGAAUCCCCCUUUCUCUCUCUCUCUCUCUCUCUCUCUCUCUCCAGUCCUGCGAUGAUCUCUGAAAGUAGAUAGACUGCAAUGAUUUGCAGAUUCAGAUUGGGCUGUGAGUUUCGCAUGGACACGGGGUUUUGUCGCCCGUAUGAUGCAUGUACAGGACUGUGGUCUGGACUCUUGCUUUCGGGGGCCGGAGCGACGGAUACUCUCGUCCAGACCGUCCGGCUGCACGAAUCAGAUCUGGAGUGGGGGGAAACAGGGGCUUGUACCCCCGGGUCUCCUCGGGGGAUGGACGGAAAGCGUCUCCAGACUUUGAGGCGGGAUCCCGUUCCUUUCUUCAUCUUCUUCGUACUGGACUUCGAUCCGAAGCCGACCGACCAUUGUCUCUCCACUUGAUGGAUGGCAUUAUACUCGACCAUGGACUACUACAGCCCUCAUGAUGGAAAGCCUUUCGAGGAAUUCUGGCGUUAAUUGGAACACAUUUAUUUGCGAAGCAAUUUUCAUGCGGGCACCGGAGCUGUGGAUGAUCGUACUGCUGUGCGUAAUCACUUUCUAUCAUAGGCUUUCAUGGCAGACGAGGAAUCUUGUCAUGCCUUCGGAGGUUUGUUCUCGUACCAGGCUCGCAGAUUCCUGGCUCUUCAUUCAGUCUUUCAGUCAUUCAUGAAGGUGGAAAGCAGAUCCUCGCAUUUGGUUUCAUUUCAUCCCUGUAGGACUUGAUGGAUGGGGCCUCCUCCAUUCCCAUCCUUUUCGCUAGAUCACUGGGUUACCUUCUUCCUUCGCUCGGUUAUAUGUCGUUAUAAAAAGCUUACUUUCUUCGUAGUUCAUUCCGAUUUCAUUUAUUUAAGUGUGUGAGUUGAUGAUGGCACUGCUUGCUAACACGUGAGGCAUCGACUUUUCCAACGGAGGCGAUGUGUCCAUUCAUCCAGUCUGCUGUUGGCAUCGGGAGGGGGAGAGUCUUGCGCUCCAAUUAUGGAGUUGAUGUGGAGCAUUUGGAGAUGGAAGCAUGGAUGCAUUAUCGCCGUUCGACAUGUUUUCACGCUUCGAGCUGUCGAGAGUGGUUGAGGUGAUUGAAUCGCUCCAGGCUAGUCGGCGAAAAAAGUCCAUGGCUUUCUCUCGAACAGUUUGGGGGAACGAUACUUUUAUUUCCAGCUGUACAGCCACAAGUGUUCACUGGCAGGGCACUGCUGAUCUGCAGAUUUGCUGCCUGCUGUUGUUGGUGAGCACUUUACACACACACCACACUUCACUUCAACUCCAACAUCUCCUCUGCAUCAUCUAUCACGGACUCCAUGAUCCGUCUCAGCUCGGUUCGGGAUUUCAAUCUAGCCU